AUGACCGUGCUCAGCAUCCUCUCGGACGUGUGCGGCUGGGUCUAUUUCGUGGCCUGGUCUGUGAGCUUCUAUCCGCAAAUCUACCGCAACUGGAGCCGAAAGAGCGUGGUGGGACUCUCAUUCGACUUUGUGGUCUACAACCUGCUGGGCUUCACGUGCUACAGCAUCUACAUGCUGCCAGGCUGCGCAAAGCCACAACACCAACACGCUCUGAUGAUGUCUCAAAAGUGUGCCGAGUUUUGGAGCAAGCGAGUGCGGGAAGAGUAUCGGGAAGCCAACGACGGGGACGAGGUCUCCGUGCAAAUCAAUGACGUCGUCUUUGCUCUGCACGGUGUGGCGAUGGUGCUGCUGACCAUGUUCCAGUGCCUCAUCUACGAGGGCCUGGGCUACGUCAAGGCGGCCAUCACCGUGAUCAAGUACUCACCGCAGGUCUACAUCAACUACAAAUUGCAAUCGACUGAGGGCUGGUCCAUCUGGCAAGUGCUGCUGGAUGUGGUUGGCGGCCUCCUCUCGUUCCUCCAGAAUGGACUCACCGCCAUCGAUCAGGGUGAUGCCUCGCCGUUCAAGGACUACCCUAAACUUGCGCUGGCGCUCAUCUCGCUCGUCUUUGACGCCAUCUUCAUCAUUCAGCACUACUUUCUUUACGGACACAGGGCGAGCAGCUCGACGCCAUCGCUGUACGACGAGGUUGGCGACUCUGAGUGGGAGGGAAAGGAGCGUGUGGACUUCUACUACUCGAUCAACGACAAGUCGGACAGCAGCGCGCGAUCAGGCUACGACUCGGCCUUUAGCGACGACGACUACUACGGCCAGCCCUACAAAUAUGCCUCACAUGCUUCAGUGUAG